UGUAUAAAAGUAGAAAAGCACACCUUAAAUUAGGAUAGGGAUAUCAAGUCAGUAAAGAAAGACGUUAGUGUCAGUGUGCGUGAACAUUGACUCAGUUAAGUCCCUCCCCUCCUCACAAAGCCUUUGAAUAACAGACAGUGUUGAAAAGGUAGGACGGUUGCUUGAGUCCACCCUUAAAAGGUUUAUUUAGUCUUUAUAUUCUGCACCACAACCCUAAAUUCUCCAACAGGCACACCCGCAGAGCACACUAUAAAAGCUCUAGCCCGUCAACCCUCAAAACCAACCUCAAGGAGACUCUCCAUUGUAGACAUCCAGAGAAGCUCCAGUGCCAGUGCCUAGAAACAAACGGAGAGACCCAGAAGAUGAAGACCUGUCUCAGCCUCCUCCUGCUCUUGCUAGGCCUCUGCCAAGCUCAACCUCUGGUGGGAGAACAAAGUGUGGCUGAUGUCCUAGAAGACAAUGAGGACAUGGAUAUCAGCACCAGGAUUCUGAUCUCAAACAACGGCUCCAGUGAGCUUCUGCUGGAGGGUGACUUGCUUCUCCCAACAACCAGAAACGCCAUGAAGUGUUUUAGAAACAGCUGCCUGUGGAAAAAGUCCUCAAAUGGCCUUGUGACCAUUCCCUACACAGUGAGCAGCGCCUACACCUCUGCGGAGACGUCAAGAAUUGUGAACGCAUUGCAGUCCUUCCACCAGAGCACCUGCAUCCGCUUCGUUCCCCGCCGGAACCAGUACGACCACAUCAGCAUUCAGAGCAGAGGUGGAUGCUACUCCUCUCUGGGCAGGACAGGAGGCAUGCAGGUACUCUCUCUCAGGAGAUCGGGGUGCAUGUACUACGGCAUCAUGCAGCAUGAGGUGAACCACGCUCUGGGCUUCAACCACGAGCAGACCAGGAGUGACCGUGACCAGUAUGUCAAGAUAAACUGGAAUAACAUUAAUCCAAGCAAUGCCUACAACUUCCAGAGGCAGGACACCAACAACCUGAACACCCCCUACGAUUACAACUCCAUCAUGCACUACGGCAGAACAGCCUUUUCCAUAAAUGGACGAGACAGCAUCACCCCCAUCCCAAACUCCAGAGUUCAGAUCGGCCAGAGAAAGGGAAUGACCCGGAAUGACUUCCAAAGGAUCAACCGACUCUAUCGUUGCUAAGACCAACAACCAGUUGUCUGCAAAUAUCAAAUUUAUUUUUUGUUUUUCUCAAAACAAUGUUCUCCUGAUAUGUCAUUAAAAAAUAUUGCUUCACUGCA